ACUUUAGCUUUAGCAAAAAGUCAUAAUAAUAAUAAUGAUGAUGAUAAAACGAAUAACUACACUGAACGUUUUAUGAAAAAUUUUGAUAUUAUCUAUUUAUUUGGUCAACAAUUUACAACAAAAUUCUUAAAACCAUUAUACGAUGAAACAAUUACCGAUGAACAUGAUUUAAAUCUAACCAAAGAAUGUUAUCAUUCAUUAGAAAUGAUGUUUACACAUCCAGAAUUAGAAUGGGCAUCAUUAAUGUGGGAUGCUAGUGGUCGAAUAAUAAGACCCGGUUUUAUAAGCGGUACUAUAACCGAUUAUGGUGAUUAUGAUCAAUGUUUAAAUAUUGAUUAUUCGAAUGUCGAUGAAUCAAAUAAUCGUAUACAAGCAAGAUAUUGUUUAAUGACAAUACGAUUACCGAUUCCACCAGCUAAUAAACGAUUAAAUUUCAAUAAAACACGUUAUGAAAAUCGAUGGCCAUCAAAAUGGUGGAAUGAUCCACGUUAUCGUUUCUAUUAUCGAAUUGUUAGUGCUUUAUGUUUACCAAGCGAUUGUCAACGUAAUGAAAUUGAACAAGUAGCUCGAAAAGUAUUUAAAAAUUUUGAAUUCAAUAUCGAAGUUGAAGCAUGUCAAACCCGUAAUGAACAAGAAUCGAUGUCAUUUGAUUUUGCACAACGAUUUUCAAUAUUUAUUUUGGCCAUUUGUACAUCGACUGUAAUCAUUGGAACAAUAAUUGAUUGUUAUAAUCGUCGUUGCAUUUAUUCAAACGAAACUAGUACUGAAAUAAUGGAAUUUUGGAAAGGUUUUAGUUUGUUACAUAAUACGGAAAAACUUUUUACAAUAACUGCUUACGAAAAUGAUAAGGAUAAAACAAACGAAACAGCUCCUACUGAAUUGACUGUCAUUCAUGGGCUUCGAUUUCUAUUGAUUAUGUGGGUUAUUACAUGUCAUACGACAAAUUUUGCUCCACUUGGUCUUUAUGAUCAACCAAUGAUUGCUGCUCGUUUUGCCGAUCGAAUUCAAAUAGUUAGAGAUUUUUGGACACAAUUUGUCAUUAGUGGAUCAUUGUCUGUUUCAGGAUUUUUUAUUAUAAGUGGCCUUAUAUCACUUCAUACGGCAAUGAAAAAUCGUCAAACAUUUUUGAAAACAGUUCCAUAUUGGAAAUAUAUUCUACUUAGAUGGUUAAGAUUUUCACCACCAUUAUUAGGAAUGUUUUGUUAUCAAUUUUUAUGGCCACUAUUAGGUACAGGACCAAUGAUGCAUUGGGAUUAUCUUCGUUAUGGUCAUCAACCAUGUUAUCAACGAUGGUGGGCAAAUUUUUUAUUCAUAUCAAAUUGGUUUAAAUUAACUGAUCAAUGUGCAUCACAUACAUGGUUUUUAAGUGCUGAUUUUCAAAUUAAUCUUAUUGCUUAUUUUUUUAUUUGGCUUUAUGCAUAUGAAUAUAAAUCGGGUUUAAUUGCUAAUAUUGUUGCUUUAGUAAUGGCUAUUGUUUGUCCAACAUUAAUACAUUGGUAUUAUGGUGUACCACUUGUACAUGUUAUGGAACCUGAUGUUAACAAAUUGAAUAUUGCUUUCAGUAUGAUUGAUUUUUAUACAUUCAAUCAUUAUUCAGCAUAUUUUACCGGAUUAUUAAUAGCAGGAUUAUUACAAAAUCGUCGAUUUUCUAUUGAAAAAAAUAUCCGGCAGAUUCUAUGGUGGUUGGCAAUCAUUUUGGCUUUGAUAAUACCAUUUUCCACUUAUCCAUUCAUUCAAAUGGAACAUAUACCUGAAUCAUCAUUUAUAGCAAUUCUUUAUACAGGUAUAAAACGAUUUCUUUGGAUAUUUGCAAUCGGUUGGAUAGUGUAUGCAUCAUGUUCGGAAACAGAUAAAAAUAUUUUGUCUAGAUUUUUAUCAGCCAAAAUUUUUCAACCAUUUUCACGACUUACGUUUAGCAUAUAUUUAACACAAUCAUUAGUCGUUUGGUAUUAUUCAUAUCAAUCACGUGAAUUGCAUACAAUUUCACAUUAUAAUUCGAUUUUUCGAAUCGGUGGACAUACAUUAUUUUCAAUAAUAUUUGGUUAUAUUCUUUAUGUAUUAUUUGAAGCACCAUCCGUUAAUAUUUGUAAAAUUGCAUUUAAACGAAAUGUUCGACAAACAAUAAAAUCAUCAUCAAUAACAUCCGACGAUCCAAAUAAUAAUAAUAAUGAAUCGAUAGAAUUGAUGGAUAAGAAAAAUUCAUUCAGAAUAAAAAACAAUCAAUGUAAACUUGAUUGAUUAAUGUAAACCAAUGUUAUUUACUAACUAAAUGAUUCAUUGCUGAAUAAUGAUUUUGCUAAUCAAAAUUUUUUUCUCUCUUUCUGAUUGAUCAGGUCCAGAAUAUUGAAAAU